CUUUUUACUUUUUCCACUGCUUGGAGGUUGCUUCCACGAAAGUCCCAAAAACACUUUUCCGGACGUUAAAAUUUAGAAAACAAUUUGGAUUCCGUUUGUUUUUCUUUCUUUCCCAAAUGCAGAGCACUACCUCUCAACUAUCUCUCUUCUCUACAAAACAAUUUGGAAUCCCACUUUUCUGCCUCUCUGUAGAUCCAGAAAUUAGCUAGGGUUUACAAAUUUCAUUCAGAUUUUAAGCUCAAUUUUGAUAUCCUCUCUGGUUUCAUAGUUGAGAUUCAAUCUGUUUUAGAAAUGGUUGCAGUAGAAGCAGAAAUUGGUAUUGAUUUGGGAACAACAUAUUCAUGUGUAGCAGUAUGGAAAAAUGGCGGUGUUGAAAUCAUCCCUAAUGAUCAAGGAAAUCGUACUACUCCUUCCUGUGUUGCUUUCACUGAUACUCACCGUUUGAUCGGAGAUGGUGCACUGAAUCAAGUUGCUAUGAACCCUAUCAACACUGUUUUUGAUGCGAAACGUUUAAUUGGUAGGAAGUUCGACGAUACCUCUGUUCAGAGUGACAUCAAGCUAUGGCCUUUCACAGUCAUUGCUGGAGAAGACAAGAGACCAAUGAUUCAAGUCAAUUACAUGGGACAGGUUAAAAUGUUAUCAGCUGAGGAAAUCUCAUCCAUGGUUCUCACUAAGAUGCGAGAAACAGCCGAAGCUUAUCUUGGUACAACUGUUACGGAUGCUGUUAUCACAGUCCCUGCUUACUUCAAUGAUUUACAACGCCAAGCUACUAAAGAUGCUGGUAUAGUUGCUGGCCUUAAUGUACUACGAAUCAUCAAUGAACCAACGGCGGCAGGAAUUGCUUAUGGUCUUGGUAAGAAGGCAACCAAUGUAACCACUGUAAAGGAGGAGGCGAGCAAUGCUGUUGCAGAGAAUGUUCUCAUCUUUGAUCUUGGUGGUGGUACUUUGGAUGUUUCAAUACUCAGCAUUAAAGAAGGAAUCUAUGAAGUCAAGGCUACAGCUGGAGAUACCCAUCUUGGAGGAGAGGAUUUCGAUAAUAGAGUGGUUAAUCACUUGGUUCAAGAAUUCAAGAAGAAGCACAAGAAGGACAUUAGUGGAAAUCCAAAGGCACUUAGGAGGCUGAGAACAUCUUGUGAGAGGGCAAAGAGAACUCUCUCAUCUACUACUCGGACAAAAGUUGAGAUUGAUGGUCUAUAUGCAGGAGUUGAUUUUCAUGCAUCUGUCACUCGUGCUAAAUUCGAAGAGUUGAACCUGGAUUUGUUCAAGAAAUGUAUGGAACCUGUUGAGCUGUCUUUGACUGAUGCUAAGAUGGACAAGAGUAGCAUUCAAGAAAUUGUUCUCGUAGGUGGGUCCACUCGAAUUCCAAAGAUUCAGUCUCUAUUGCAAGAUUUCUUCAAUGGAAAGAAACUCUGCAAGAACAUCAACCCUGAUGAAGCUGUGGCUUAUGGUGCUGCUGUGCAAGCUGCUAUUUUGACUGGUGAGGCUAAUGAGAAGGUGCGGAACCUGGUGUUAGUGGAUGUCACCCCUCUUCAAAAACCUUCAAUAGGAAUAGAUUUAGGUACAACAUAUUCAUGUGUUGCUGUUUGGGAACAUGAUCGUGUUGAGAUUAUUGCUAAUGAUCAAGGGAAUAGGACUACUCCUUCUUAUGUUGCUUUUACUGAUUCUGAGCGCAUGAUUGGUGAUGCUGCUAAGAAUCAAGCUGCUCUUAAUCCUAUCAACACAGUUUUCGAUGCGAAACGUUUAAUUGGUAGGAAAUUCAGUGAUAGCUAUGUUCAGAGUGAUAUUAUGCUAUGGCCAUUCAAAGUCAUUGCUGGCGAAGAAGAGAAACCCAUUAUUAAAGUCGAUUACAAGGGCAAGGAAGUACAAUUUUCAGCUGAGGAAAUCUCAUCCAUGGUUCUUAUUAAGAUGAGAGAGACUGCCGAACAAUAUCUUCUUAAAAGUGUGAAGGACGCUGUUAUAACCGUCCCUGCUUACUUUAAUGAUUCACAGCGUCAUGCAACUAGGGAUGCUGGCACCAUAGCUGGCCUUAAUGUAAUGAGAAUCAUCAAUGAAUCGACAGCAGCUGCAAUUGCUUACGGCUUUGAUAAGAAGGAAACCAGUGUUGGUUCAAAGAAUGUUCUUAUAUUUGAUCUCGGUGGUGGUACUUUUGACGUUUCUAUACUCACCAUCAACGGGGGUAAAUUUGAAGUUAAAGCUACAGCUGGAGAUACACAUCUUGGAGGAGAAGAUUUUGAUAACAGGAUGUUGAAUCACUUUGUUAAGGAGUUUAAGAGGAAGCACAAGAUGGACAUUACUGGAAACCCAAGGGCUCUUAGAAGGUUGAGAACAUCCUGUGAGAGGGCCAAGAGAACCCUCUCAUCUACUACUCGGACAACCAUCGAGCUUGAUGUUUUGUAUGAAGGAGUUGAUUUUCAAGCGUCCAUUACUCGUGCUAAAUUUGAAGAGUUGAACAUGGAUUUGUUUAAGAAGUGCAUGGAACCAGUUGAGAUGUGUUUGAAGGAUGCUAAGAUGAACAAGAACAAUAUUCACGAAAUUGUGCUUGUUGGAGGCUCCACUAGAAUUCCCAAGGUUCAGUCUCUAUUGCAGGAUUUGUUUGAUGGUAGGGAACUCUGCAAGAGCAUCAACCCUGAUGAGGCCGUGGCUUAUGGUGCUGCAGUGCAAGCUGCUAUAUUGAGUGGUCAGGGUAAUGAGAAGGUUGAGACUUGGUGUUGUUGGAUGUCACCCCUCUUUCUCUUGGUGUUGCGGUUUACGGAGAUAUUAUGA